UGAAGAAGACACUUAGAGGGAUUUAACUUUCCUCUUAGUGAGCUCACCUGCUCUGGAUCUCUCUGUCUCCUCCUGCUCUUUUUCUAUCCGAUCCACACCCCCUCAUAGACGACAGCAAUCAUGACUUCGAUCAAAACAUCCUACCGUUCCAGUGGUGGAAGCAUGAGCGGCGGCGGCGGCGGCUUUGGUGGAGGAGGUAUUAGGAAGAGCUUCUCUAGCAUGUCUGCCAGCGCAGCACCCAUGGGCAGCAGGAUGAGCUCUGUGUCAUUCCGUCAAUCCGGCGGUGGUGGUGGUGGCGGAGGUUUUGGAGGAGGAUCUGGACAAAGCUACAGCUACAGCAUUGGCGGCGGCGGCGGUGGCUUUGGAGGAGGUCAAGGAGGUGGCUUCGGCGGUGGAGGAUUCGGCGGUGGUUCUGGAUUCGGCGGUGGUGGUUUCGGCGGUGGUGGUGCAGGAUUCGGCGGUGGAGGAUUCGGCGGUGGUGGAUUUGGUGGUGGAUUCGGUCAAGGCGGUAUGGCACCCAUCACAGCUGUCACAGUCAACCAGAGCCUCCUAGCUCCAUUGAACCUAGACAUCGACCCCAACAUCCAAGCUGUCCGCACCCAGGAGAAAGAGCAGAUCAAGAACCUCAACAACCGCUUUGCUUCCUUCAUUGACAAGGUGCGCUUCCUAGAACAGCAGAACAAAGUGCUUGAGACAAAAUGGAGUUUACUGCAGGACCAGACAUCCACCCGCUCCAACAUCGAUGCCAUGUUCGAGGCCUACAUCUCCAACCUGCGCAGACAGCUUGAUGGACUUGGUAAUGAAAAGAUGAAGCUAGAAGGAGAGAUGAAGAACAUGCAGAAUUUGGUUGAGGACUUCAAGAACAAAUAUGAGGAUGAAAUCAACAAGCGUGCCGCAGUGGAAAACGAAUUUGUCCUGCUCAAGAAGGAUGUUGACUCUGCGUACAUGAACAAGGUUGAGCUUGAGGCCAAGGUUGAUUCCCUUCAAGAUGAAAUCAACUUCCUUAGAGCCAUCUUUGAGGAGGAGCUGCGCGAACUACAGGGACAGAUCAAAGACACAUCAGUCAUUGUGGAAAUGGACAAUAGUCGCAACCUGGACAUGGAUUCCAUCGUUGCCGAGGUCCGUGCUCAGUAUGAGGACAUUGCCAACCGCAGCCGCGCUGAGGCUGAGUCGUGGUACAAACAGAAGUUCGAGGAGAUGCAGUCAUCUGCUGGCAAAUAUGGAGAUGACCUUCGCAACACCAAGUCUGAAAUUGCCGAGCUGAACCGCAUGAUCAGCAGACUUCAGAAUGAAAUUGAAGCUGUCAAGGGACAACGGUCCAACCUUGAAUCUCAAAUCGCUGAGGCUGAGGAACGUGGAGAACUGGCAGUGAAGGAUGCCAAGCUCCGCAUUAAGGAACUGGAGGAGGCCCUGCAAAGAGCAAAGCAGGAUAUGGCGCGCCAGGUGCGUGAGUACCAGGAGCUCAUGAAUGUCAAACUGGCCUUGGACAUUGAGAUCGCAACCUACAGGAAGCUUCUGGAAGGAGAGGAGACCAGGAUUGCUUCUGGUGGAAGUUCUGCAACCAUCCACAUUCAGGAGUCAAGCAGCAGUAGUGGUGGCGGCGGCGGUGGCGGCGGCUACGGAUUCGGUGGUGGCAGCAGCUACGGUGGUGGUGGCAGCAGCUACGGUGGUGGCGGCGGCGGCUACGGUGGUGGCAGCGGCUUCGGUGGCGGCAGCGGCGGCAGUGGCUUUGGAUAUGGCGGUGGCUCCAGCAUGAGCAUGAGUGGCGGUGGCGGCGGUGGUCAAAUGUCAAUGUCCCGCUCCUCUGUGGUGCAGUCCAGCCAGAAGCGCCGCUUCUAAACUCGUCCACCCAGUUCCCCCUACCUAAUAUGAUCUACCACCUGAGCAACAAGAUCUUUUCACUCCACAUUUCAAUGUUCAUACAUUUUUUUUAUGCGUUUAACCCCCAAAAUCCACAGUGACCCAAAGAGACUCUAAUGUCAAAGUGUUAUAUACUGUACCUGCAGAACGGCUUUUCACAUUCACCGUGCUGUUUUUGAUUCUAGUUGUUUCCCCUUGGCAUCGCUCCUCAGCCAGAGUACAAAUUGUCCUUUAGGGGAUGCACAAUCGGAAAAGAGCUAAUAAGAGAGACAAAGCAUGGAGCUCAAGUAUUUUUUCGGGCUGAAUAGCUUUUGUUGCUCUGUCACAACAUGUAAGCAUUAAAUGCACAUAAAAUAAAUGGCUUUUUAACUGACUUAAAAUUCCUUGUCACUACAACCAGCAUUUAUAAUACUUCUGCUUCAUCAUAGUGCAACAAAAGCUACUCAUUUGAGAUUUUACUUCCUAGAGAGGAGUAACUUUUACUUUUUUCUUUCCCUGAUUUUGGAUGAUGGGCUGAUGAGCUGUUCUGUCACAAUUGUGGUUUUCAUCCAACCAUGUACCACAUGGAAACAUCAAUAAAUCAGGGUUAUAUACAA